AUGGCUGAUGAUGUUCGUUUAAAUGUUUGGGAUAUUGGCGGUCAACGAAAGAUUAGGCCCUAUUGGAAAAAUUAUUUUGAUAAUACUGAUGUAUUAAUUUAUGUAAUUGAUAGUAGUGACAGAAAAAGAUUUGAUGAAACAGCUAUGGAAUUGUCUGAAUUGUUGGAGGAAGAAAAAUUAAAAAAUGUUCCUAUGCUUGUUUUUGCAAACAAACAAGACUUGUUAACUUCAGCAAAGGCUAGUGAAAUUGCUGGAGGUUUACAGCUAGUUAAAAUAAGAGACAGAUCUUGGCAAAUCCAAGCAUGUUCAGCACUUUCUGGUGAAGGAAUUAAAGAUGGAAUGGAAUGGAUAUCAAAAAAUAUAAAGAAUGACGGGAUUAUUAAACAAGGGGGACAAACAUCUGAAUAA